ACGAGAUGCACGCAUACUACUAACUCCCACACUUUUGUCAACAUACUAUGCUAUGCUAUCUGCUAACUUGACACCUUGAAAAAUUUUGCAAAAACACCACAGAAAAAUCAACCAUUUCCAAAUAAGCAUCUGGAGGCAGACAGCUUUGUCUCACAAAACACGGGAGGCACAAGCCAUCAACAGAAGUGACGAGCAGCCAUUCUGCUUGUCUUCGGAAGAAACACUUACUGAAGAUGCUCAAUCAUUCAAAGACUUCCGAUUGCAUUCAGCCAGAGGAAGACAACACCAGUUUCUAUGUGAAGUGGAUUCUCUGGUUGUUGAUAUUUGGUUGGUUUGGUAUUUCUUUGUGGUAUGAUUGUUGGCUCAAAUACUACAAAGGAAAGGUUAAAUGGAUAGAGAACAAAUUGCCAUUCCUGGAAGCUCUGAAAGAUGACCAUUAUCAACUUACCGAGGAAGCAGACAACUUAAGAUCACGAGGCCGUGAAUUCUGGGGUUCAGAAGAUCUAUCUGAAAUUAAUCUGUGGCUAAGCAAGGAAGAAAGUCUUUGGGUAAAUUCAACAGAGACACUGGUCAGUGAUGCAGAUGCCUGUAUCAAAAACUACAAAAAACAGAGCCAAACAAGGAUUCCUGGUUGUUUUACGGCUAUCCUUAGAUUGAUAUCCAUCAGAGAUGUUUUUCAUCAAAUAGAUAGAGUUAAAACAUCGGUGGAAGGUCAUCUUGAAAAUAAGGAUAAAGAUGCCAAGGACAUCUAUGACUCCAUGCAGAAGUCACGGUUGAGGAAUAGAAGUUUGCUGGAUCAAUAUGCAGCUGAGGAGAGCCAAAAGACAGUCAAAACUGAAGACGACAAAGAAGAUCAAAAGCAACGGAAGCCUUCUACUAGCAUUAAUGAAUUGAUGAGAAAGAGCAAUGAUCUAUUUGCAGGCAUGGAAAAGAGACGGUCUGUACAUCUGUUGCUUCCACUGCAUGCUUUCACAAAUGAAUUAAGUCAGCUGCAGUUGGAAACUAACACAGAAAAUCUCUGGAAAGGACAAGCUAAAAUGCUAAUUGCAGAAGCUGAAGACCUCAUCACCGCCUACUCAUGGUGGGUAUCAUAUUUUGGCAGCAUAAGAGAUGCAACAACCCUAUUAAAGAAAUACUCCAAUGGCAUCCCCAUAGUAGGGACAAUGUUUAAGAAAUACUUCAAUGGCAUCCCCAUUAAAACAACUCAAUUCGAAGAGGACAUGGAACGCAUUGUCGAUGAAUUCCAUAACCUCCUUGAUACAAAGAGCAAAUGGAAAUUUGAUUUCAUUGAUAGCGAUGCAAUGGAGUCUGAAUUACCAUUUCAGAAUGCAGAUGAUGAUGAAAUCACGUCAACUGUGAAUAGCAUCCGUAUCAAGCUAGACCAAAGUGGCUCAAAGCAAGAGCCAAUGAACUCGCUGUAUCAUCAAUUAGAGGAAAUGAAUAAGGAGCUUCGAGGAAGGAGGGAAGAAACAGCUGUAAGAAAAGCAUGCUUGGAGCACUUAAAGUCAAUUAGUCAGGAGGUGGACCAUUCAGUGUCCAAUUUCCUAAAAGAGAAAAUGAACAAUCUGGAGCUUCAGCAAAUAUUAAAGGCAACGGAUAUGCUUCAGAAAAUAGUAAAAAAUUGUUAUACCAAGAGGCAGAACUCACCCUCAAUUCCUGCUACGAAAAAUGUUGCAAAAGAAUUGGUCUCCAAGCUGACCACCAGCAGUGGUAAUCUUUUGACACUUUCCAUUGUGGGGAUGAAGGGGGUGGGGAAGACAACUCUGGCAAAGGAAAUCUUUUACAAUAAAGAUGUUAUAAACUACUUCCCCGUCCGUGUCUGGGUGGCCGAUGGAACUGCCUCCAAAGUAAAAGUUCUGCUGAUGAAACAGGAUGGAACCAUAGACCACCAGGCAUUGUCCAUCACAGAGGUACGUGAUCACUUGAAAGGGAAGCGAGGCCUUAUUGUCCUGGAUAACAUCUCAAAAAAGGAUGAUUUUGAUAAAUACAAAAAGGAACUGAUAUCAGAGACUGGAAUGACAAAUGGAAGCAGAAUAUUGCUCACAACACCCUUAAACAACAUAGCUUCGUAUGCUGACACAUGUGGCGGCCCUCACCAAAUUAGAUUAAUGACAAAAGACGAAAGUUGGGCACUGUUUCAGAAGGUGACCAUGACUGUAAAGCCCAAAGAAAAUUCUCAAGAGGAAAAGCUUGCCAAGAAAGUGGUGAGCAGAUGCGGGGGCUUACCACUGCUUAUUGUUUCUAUUGGGUUUCUAUUGUCAGUGAAAGGCAGCAUUACAGAAGAUAACUUGCGGCCACUGCUUCGUCAAAUCAAUCAUGGCCAUCAGAAUAUUCGAUGGCUACAAGCUUGGGUGAAUACCAAUCAAGAACUGAAUGAAACUCUGAGCGACUGUCUCUACUACAUGACACUCUUCCCUGCAGACUUUGAAAUCCCGGUCAGGAGAUUAGUCAAUCUAUGGAUAGCAGAAGGAUUGGUGAAACAAAGGGAUGACAACCAAGAAACAUUAGAAGCCACAGCAGAAACAUAUUUAGAAAACUUGAACAAAUGCAACAUGAUUCAAGCAGUGGCACUGAAGUCUAAUGGGAAGAUUAAGACAUAUCGCUUGCCAAGUAUGCUCAGAGAGAUCAUAUUGGCUGACAAAACAAGCCAUAGCCAAUACUCAGGUACACAUGUAGAGCGGCGAUUUGCCUACCGCUUUGAUGAUCGUGGUCUUGAUGCAAAUGCAGCAAAUGUAUUCAGCAAGAAAAAAAUUCCCCUAUCUGUUUUCUUCUUUGACAAACGUGAGGGAUGUAAGCCAGGAGAGCACAUAGGGAGGAUCCUCUCAACAGGCAUUGCAAAUGAGCAAUUCAUGGAAAUCAGUGUUCUUGAUCUAGAACGCGUAUUCAGACCACAGUUGCCAGAUACUCUAGGUAUGUUGAUUCAUCUCAAGUAUCUUGGAUUAAGAUGGACUUACUUGGAGGAGUUCCCAACAUUCAUAUGCAAACUAGAGAACCUGGAAACACUUGAUGUAAAGCAUACAUGCAUCCGUGUAUUCCCCAGCUUCAUCUGGAAAUUGAAGAAAUUGAAGAACUUAUAUCUGAACCAAGACUAUCGCAGUAGACUUGAGGGUAGGCCAAGUGGAAACUUUCAGCAUAAUCUUUACAGAUUAUGGGGCGUGUUCAUAUAUGGGAGGUGCCCUCUUCUUUUUGACUUUCAAAGGCUGAAGAAUCUUGGGAAAUUGAAAUUGGCCUUCCAGUUAAAAGCAGAAGAACAAGAUACACUAGCCAAGAAGAUUGUGCAGCUGAACCAGCUUGAGUCGCUCAGACUUAGAUCAGUAAAUGAAAUGGGUGAACCUGAAAAGCUAAUAUUGAGAGAUAUAUCAAAGCUGGAGAAGCUCGCAUCCCUGCAAUUGUAUGGGAAAUUAGAAAAUGGUCUUCGCAUGAAUCACCUCCCACAAAAUCUUAUCAAUCUCACAUUGUCAGCUUCAAAGCUGCAAGACAGUCAGGAUCCUAUGCAACUAUUGCAGAGCCUGGAGAAGCUUGAGUCCUUGUGUUUCUAUGCUGACUCUUAUCAUGGAAAAAGCAUGCUUUGUAACCCAGGGAGCUUUCCAAAACUUCUAGUGCUAAGAUUUUGGAAUUUAAGGAAUCUGGAGGAAUGGAAUGUGAAAGAAGGAGCAAUGCCUAGCCUCAGGGAAUUUGAAGCACGGUCAUGUGAAAAGUUAGCAGUUCCCACAGGAUUGAAGUACUUGGGGAAUAUUCAAUUGAUCAAGUUACAUAAAAUGUCAAACACAUUCAUGAGAGAAAUUUUGAGUAGUUAUAAGAAGAAGAUAUUAUCACCAGACGUUCGUAUCUCACCCUUCAAGUAAAACAGGCUUCCUCUUGCUCUUCGUUAUUCGGAUUUGUAUCUGUCCAAAAAGCAGGCAAGAAGAGACUACUGUUUUGAUGAAUCAGUAUUUUCAGUUCUCCAUGUUUCACCUCCUUCCCAGGCUUUGUUAGCUUUAAGAAUAAGUGGAGGUUUCUUCAGUCAUUAAGGCUUUCAAUGUACUUCUCAAACUGCUGCACCAUUAUUUCUGUUUAAUUUGGUUGUUAUUUUUGAGGUGUUGAUCUACAUGACUAAAAGGUCAUGGAAUAAUAUCUAUAUUAUUGCAUAGUUGCAUUGCUAUGUUGGAAGAGUUAAGGCAA